AUGUCAAAACGAUCAUCUCUGUUUAACGAUGAUGGGUCUAGUUUUUUGUCGUCUGAAUCGUCAUGCUUAUCUCAGUUCUUGUUGCGAAGCCAAAACCCCUAUCACGUGAAUCAAACCCUAGAAGAUGCUUUUGCUGGUCUUUCUGUCUCUGCGUCUUCUUUUAAUCACCCACCUCUUGAUCUUCUUGGCCCUGGGUCUUCUUCUGGUGUUAAUGGCAACGCUAAGAUUCUCUCUCGCUUUAGUUAUGAAAGUGGGACUCUUGUAACCCCUCAAAGUUCCGAUCUGUACCCUUCUUCUUUUCCCACGUUCAGCGCCAACGUUUUCUCUUCAAGCUACGAUCAUGGGUUUCUUGAUUCGGAGCCACUGGCGAGACAGAGAGAAUUUGGUAACGUUUAUCCCACUGUGCCACUUUCGAACGGGGUGCAACAAAAACCCUUAGGUAGUAAUUUAUUGAACGAUUGCUGGGGUAACAGGUCGAGUGGUCCGAGGUUUAAUGUCGAUGAAAGGCGCUUGCAAUGGUUCAAUGAUUUUAGGGGGAGGGUUCUGUUAUUGGCUAUGGAUCAACAUGAAUGUAGGACUUUGCAGGAAACACUGAAAAUAUUGAAAAGAGAGGAGCUUUCUAUCAUCUUCUCGGAGCUGAUAAAUCAUGUGGUUGAGUUGAUAGUUGAUCCCUUUGGGAAUUAUGUUGUUCAGAGGAUGGUGGAAAUCUGCAGUAAAGAACAACGAACUCAGAUCAUUUUAAUGUUGACUCAGUCUAAUCUUCAGUUAGUCAGAAUAUGUCUUACCCCCCAUGGAGCCCGCACUGUUGAGAAGUUAUUGGCGCAUGUUACCACCCAGGAGCAACGAGGUCUGAUUAUGUCAGUUUUAAGCCCCAGUGCUGCUGUAUUGGCUAAGGAUAUGAAUGGUCAUCGUGUGCUUCUGCAUUGUCUAAAACAUUUCUCAGAAGAAGAUACUAAGCAUCUUCUGAAUGUGGUGGCAAUCAAGUGUUUUGGGAUUGCAACAGAUAAGACUGGGUGUUGUGUGCUGCAGCAAUGUGUUAACCAUGCUCAGGGAGAAACAAAAAGGCAGCUGAUUGCUGCCAUCAUAAGAAAUGCUGCACUCCUAGCAGAAGACUCUUAUGGCAACUAUGUUGUGCAGCAUUUGUUGUCUCAAAAAAUACCAGGAGUUGUAGAAAGUCUUAUGAGACAGCUUGAACAAAAUUUUUUCCAUCUUGCCUGCAACAAAUAUGGGAGUAAUGUAGUGGAGAAGUUCUUUCACGAAUCAGGGGAACAACAUUCAUCACUUAUUAUUUUGGAGUUGCUCCACAAUCCAAAUGUUGCUAUGCUUCUUGUUGAUCCAUACGGAAAUUAUGUCAUCAAAUCAGCACUGUCUGCGUCCAGGGGUGCUCUUCGAGAUGCUUUAGAGAACCUGAUCCAACUAAAUUCCAUGAUGAUGUGUAGUAACCUCUAUGGCAAAAAAUUACUUGGUUGUCAGGUUGUGUUUGUUUGUAGUUUGUGUUAG